AUGGAUCACCGAAUGCGAUUUAUGUUAUUCAUCUUACUGCAGGCUGUAGCCUUUUCGUCGACUGAAAAAGUUGUUAUGCAAAUUAGGCCGACAGAAGGUGGCAAGUGGGACAACUGGGAAACACGUCCAUCGCUUGGGUCAACGUGGAAAAAGACACAAAAUGCUGCGGGGAAACAACGCUACGGGAUCUGCGCAGUCAAUGAUCAACAACCAAAUGCCUGGCUUAGAAGUGGCGUUAUCAGAGUACCAAGUUCAGUAAAAAAGGUUUAUAUUGCCUUUGUAUACAAUACAAAGAAUUGUACAGUACUUGGGGGAGAUAAUUUUUGCAAAGAAUAUUUCGACUUAUACGUGCAUCAGUCCGGGGCUUCAACAGUACCCGACCCUUUACAAAACAACGCUUCUUACGUAAAGAUUGCUGAAAUAACUGCGCCGAUUCUUGGUAUCGUCAGAACAACGAAAACUUUUGGAGUCGAAGUAAAAGGAGAUUACAUCGUUCUGGCAUUUAAUAGCCAAGGUUCUUGCAGCUCCAUUUACUCUGUUAUUGUCAGUUAUUACGUCUGCCCAACGUACACUGUUGCUAGUAGCUUGGUGUCCUUACCACGCUCCAUAGCUCCAGCAAAUGACUCGGUGCCAGUUCUAGGUCAUUGUGUUACAACUGCCGUCUACCAUCAAGGUAUUCUAAGUGUGGACUGCCAAAGCGAUGGCGUUUGGAACAUCAGUUCACUUAAAGGAAGAUGCAUAUGUAAAGAAAGCAAGGAGAAUAGAGACGGAGAAUGCAAAGAUUGUAUUCAGGGGAAAUACAACGACGGAAGUGGCCUUAAUUGUACAGUUUUACCGUCAACCCCAAGGAAUGUCCACGCGACCUUCGUUAACCAAAGCGCACUAGGGUUACAAUGGCAGCCCCCUCAAGUAACUGGUGAUCAGACCAAAGUAUGGUACGACGUCUACUGCCGUAAGCCAUGCGAUAGUGAUGACAAUAGUAAUUGUGUGGAUAAAGCUUGUGGGAAUGACGUCAUUUACAAACCAUCUCAGGUGAAAUUGAUCGCAGCUCAAGUCAUUGUCGCUAACCUUUCUUCCUUUAUAAACUACACAAUCAAAAUCUACGCUAGGAAUAGAGUGAGCGAGGUUGCUGAAAGUAAACAUGGAGUUGAAGGAGAAUUCGAGACAAUCACCGUAAGGACGAAUGGAUCGGUCCCAGGUAUGCCAGAAGUGUCUGUUGAACAACCGGAUAAAGCUGUUGUUGUAUCUUGGAUACUGAAGAGAAAAAAUGGAGUUAUUAGGGAGUACCACGUGACGUACAUAAAUACGAAUGAUUCGUCAGAAACCAAGAGUCGUCAGACGAAAAGAACGGAAAUACAGUUUGAUUUAAAGGCAGGAAACACUUAUAAAUUCGAGGUAUCUGCUGUAAACGACAACGGAAAGGGACAGGCUGGCGUGAAGAUCUUUACAUUGAGAAACGAUAACUCGAAGAAAUUGCGGCUAAUUGCUUACGCAGCCGGAGGAGCAGGAGCACUGCUACUUAUCAUACUGAUAGUGGUCAUUGUUGCCUGCGUUGUGUCUCGUAGAAGGAGAAGUAAAAAGAGUGUAGAGAAAGCCUAUAUGGAAGCCCUUCAGCUAGGAAGUGAACUUCAAACUACAAAUCCCCGAGACCAGAGAACUUAUAUCGAUCCAAACGACUACAGUGACGUGCAAGAACUUUUGACAUCAUUUACGACUGAACUUAAAAGAAGCGACAUUAAACUCGAAGGAGUUAUCGGACAAGGGGAGUUUGCGGAUGUCUACAGAGGAAUAUUAAAGUCUCGUGAAGGCAAAGGAGUGGUUGCUGUCAAAGUCUUGAGGCCUGGUUCCAGUGAGAAAAAUCAGAAAGAUUUUCUCUCCGAGGCGUCCCUAAUGGGCCAGUUUGAUCAUUCAAAUGUUAUCCGCCUCAUCGGAGUGGUGACAAGAAGUAGACCAAUGAUGAUUUUAACAGAAUUCCUGAAAAGUGGAUCAUUGGAUCACUAUUUAAAGGACCGAAAGGGUCAGCUGACGAGCCUUCAGUUGACUGGAAUGGCCAGAGGCGUGGCUCACGGAAUGAAGUACCUUUCAGAAUUAAACUUCAUUCAUCGGGAUCUGGCUGCUCGCAAUGUUCUUGUGGGCGAAAACAUGCUGUGCAAAGUAUCAGAUUUUGGUCUUUCAAGAGAACUGGCUGAAGACGAUGAGGCACAAGCUGAAUACACGACACAGGGGGGUAAGAUUCCAGUCCGUUGGACAGCCCCGGAAGCGCUUCAGCAUCGAACCUUCAGUUCAGCUAGUGAUGUUUGGAGUUUUGGCAUUCUAAUGUGGGAAAUCACGUCAUAUUGUGACAGACCUUACUGGAAUUGGGACAACUUCGAUGUUAUCAGGCGAGUGGAAGCUGGAUACAGAUUACCACCUCCACAGGGAUGUCCGAAAAUCAUUCAUAGUUUAAUGAUCGAAUGCUGGCAUAAAGACAAAACCAAACGGCCCAAUUUUUCUGACAUUGUCACCCGCCUGGAUGAACUAAUUCGAUCCCCAGAAUUCCUGAAGGGUGAUUCAUCCUCUCUCCCAGAGAGUCCUAAAGCAAAUCAUACUCCAGAAUUCCAGUCAGUAGAUGAGUGGCUACAACACAUCAACAUGGAGAAGUACUCCGAAUUGUUCCGAGCAGCACGAAUCGAUGAUAUGAACAAAGUCGCUGGACUGAAGGAAAAACAAUUGAGAGAAAUGGGCAUCAGUUUGAUUGGGCAUAGGAAUAAAAUGCAAAAGAGUAUCAAUGCUAUGCAGUCACAACAUUAUAACGGUGGCAUGGAUGCAGAUUAGUGGCUAUGAUGUAAUCAAGAAAAUGCAAUUUCUGGAACAUUUUCUGCUUGAAAUUGAGUUGGUGAUCAAUAAGCAGCAGAUAAUUUUUACCAUUUUACGAAGGAAUGUCGUCAAAUGUCUUGAAUGUUCUAGGGGACCGGUGAAUAUUUUAACGCCUGGGUGGGGAGCCUCAGGCUAUGUCGUAU